AUGUCUAACGGAUUCUGGAUGGAUGAUGGCCAACAACAGCAAGGAGGAUGGAAUACGCAGACAAAUCAACAAGACAUGGGAUGGGGGCAAUUCGAUUAUUCACAGCAUCAACAACCUCAGCAACCUGCUGGAAACGACUACUACCAACAGAACCAGCAGCAAUAUCAACAACCACAGAACAAUUACUAUGGAGGUCAAAUGUUUAUGCCAAAUACUGGAACUGGAGCCUUACCAAAUCCAGCAGCUGACGGAGAAGAUUAUGAGAAUGAGCCUCCAUUGUUGGAAGAACUUGGCAUCAACUUCUCACACAUCAAAGAGAAGACUAUCGCAGUUCUUAACCCAACUGGAUCAGCCACCGUUGAAGUGAUUGCCGAUCAAGAUCUUGCAGGACCACUCGUAUUCUGUCUUCUUUUCGGAGCAGCUCUCCUAUUACACGGAAAACUCUCCUUUGGUUUCAUUUAUGGAGUUGGAGGACUUGGAUGUGUUGGAAUUUACGCCCUCAUGAAUCUGAUGGCUACCGAUGAGAAGAAUAUUUCUUUCACGUGUACAGCAUCUGUUCUUGGAUACUGCCUCUUACCAAUGGCUCUUCUUAGUAUUGUGACGGCAGUUUUAUCAUUCAAGGGAAUCGUCGGUUAUCUCAUAUCUAGUCUCGCUGUCUUGUGGUGCUCUUCAGCUUCGUCAAAGCUGUUCGUUAUCGCUCUAUCCAUGGAUCACCAACGACUACUAAUGAGCUUGAAAAUCGAAAAACCACAGAAAGAAGAAGUUUGGAACAUCAAGCCAUUGCCCGGAUAUGUUUGCAAAUGGAAAGAUAUUAAAGUCGAUGGAGGAUUCUCCGAAGAGUUCCGGAAAUGCUUCGUAAAUGUCUGCCAUUGCGAAGAGCUUCCACCGCCUUUGGAAGAUUUGGAACAGGACGAGAUCGCAGCUCAAUUAGACGCUGGAAACCCAUCGUUUCGAAUUCCAAUGAGCGUCGGUGAAAUGGACUGUGUUAGAGACCAUAGUAAUGAAAACUCAGUGAAGCAUGGAAUCGAUCUCGAUCCUCUGAAACCAAUCAUUCUUCGUAACCGUGUGGCUGUUGGCGAUUUAGAAGUACAACGAAUCAAUAAGAAACCGGAACAACGCGUUGUUGAAGAACUCUAUCACAAAGACUCGGCAAAAAUGAAAGAAGCAACAGAGGAUCACCAGAAAGAUUAUCAUAUCCAGGAACUUAAUGAGCUGAAACAAGAAAUCUUUGGUGUCAAAAGCAUUCAAGGAACAAGAAUACGGUUGUUCGACGGCAAACGAUUAGAAAUCAGCAUGCGCUGUGAGUUGGACGGCAAACCAAUCAGUGAUCCAAAAAGUACACAAGCCAUUCAAAAUGCCAUUGAAAAAUCGUUGCCAGAUUUUCAAAAGAUUGCUGGUAGUUCUGGAGUGAGAACUCAAGAAUCUGUGAGAAGACAGUUUGCCCGGGAUGAAAGCCACUUUGUAGCCCCGCCACCCGCCGUCGUAUUGGAACCAACAAACGUCGAACAGGUUUCUCAACUUCUGAAAUUAUGCAACGAUCGAAAUAUCCCAGUGGUCCCAUUUGGAACUGGAACUGGACUUGAAGGUGGAUCCAUGUCAAUUCUAGGUGGAGUAUGUCUCAGUACCCAGCAAGUAGUUGGAGAGCCAACACUUCGUGAGCAGGACUUCGUAUGCUCUGUGAAACCUUCCACCACAAGAAUUGCUCUGAAUGAUUCCAUCAAGCACUCUGGAUUGUUUUUCCCAGUUGAUCCUGGAGCAGACGCAUCAGUUUGUGGAAUGGUAGCGACAAGCGCUAGUGGAACGAAUGCAAUCCGUUAUGGUACUAUGAAAGAGAAUGUAGUGAAUUUGGAAGUUGUGUUGGCAGAUGGAACUGUGAUUGAUACAAAGGGAAAAGGAAGGUGUCCUAGAAAAUCAUCAGCUGGUUUCAACUUCACAGAACUUUUUGUUGGAUCUGAAGGCACAUUAGGAGUCAUUACACAGGCGACAGUGAAAGUGCAUCCUCGCCCUCAAUUCCUCUCUGCUGCAGUCAGUUCUUUUUCUUCCGUUCAUCAAGCAGCCUCCACUGUAGUCGAAGCUCUCCAAUGGAGCAUUCCUGUGGCUAGAAUAGAACUUUUGGACGAUGUACAGAUUAAAGCAUGCAACGCAUACAGCGGUCUGACUCUCCGAGAAGCCCCAACUCUUUUCAUUGAAUUUCAUGGAAGUUCGGAAAAAGAAGUGGCCGAUCAGACAACUGCUGUGGAAGAAAUUUGUAAGAGUCAUGAAGCAUUGGAUUUUGAUUCUGGAGCAUCUCCGGAUAAAAUGGCUAUUUUGUGGAAAGCUAGACAUAACGCUUAUUAUGCAGCAUUAUCAAUGAGAACUGGGGCAAGAGGGUUCACUACGGAUGUUUGUGUUCCAAUUUCCAAAUUGGCCGACGUUAUUUCAGAAACAAGAGCUGAUUUAGAUGAGCAUGGCAUACAUGGUACAGUUGUUGGACAUGUUGGAGAUGGGAACUUCCAUGUUAUUCUACCAACAAUCGAGGAAGACAAAUCAGAACAUCGAAAGAUCCAAUCGUUUUCUGACCGUUUAGUGAGACGAGCCCUAGCAGCAGACGGAACAUGCACUGGUGAACAUGGUAUUGGAUUGGGAAAGAGGAAAUAUUUGAGAGAAGAACUAGGAGAGAAUACUGUCAGAUUGAUGCAUACAGUAAAGAAGGCGUUGGAUCCAAGAAACAUUAUGAAUCCAGGAAAAGUUCUUCCAGAACUGUAG